UUAAUAUGCUCAAACCCUACUUUAUAGGAAUCACGGGAGGAACUGCAUCUGGUAAAACUACUCUUUGCAGAGAGAUUUUCGAGAAUCUCUCAGUCAUAGAUGACUGUGUGCUCCUCUCUAUGGAUAACUUCUACAAAGGGCUUUCCCAAGAAGACCAUGAUGACGCAGCAAAUUACAAUUUCGACCACCCAGAUGCACUGGAUUUUGAUGAAAUAUACGAAGUAGUGCUGAAAUUGUUGAGAUAUGAAGACGCAGAGAUCCCAAACUAUGAUUUUUCAACCCAUCAAAGAACUUCAGAGAGAACCAAAAUCUAUAAAUCCUAUUUCAUCCUAUUUGAAGGUAUCCUUGCCCUCCACGACAAGAGAAUCAGAGACCUCAUGGAUCUGAAAAUCUUUGUGCAAGAAGAUGACGAUGUGAGACUCUGCAGAAGAAUAAGGAGAGAUAUCAGCGAGAGAGGUAGAGACCUCAUGAGCGUCAUCAACCAGUGGCAUGGAACUGUCAAGAGUUCAUUUGAUGAGUUCAUUAAGCCAACUGCUAAAUACGCCGAUCUUAUAGUCCAGGGUAAUGAGACUAACAAGAACGCUAUUCAGUUCAUGGUGGAUUCAUUGACCAAAAAGAUGAUUUCUCUAGGUAUUGCCAAGAGGCAAUUUGAAGUUGAAGAGUCUAAAUCAAACUCGACAAUUGCUCAUGAGGUUCAUUCUAAAAUGGACAAAGAUGAAUUCGAUAGAAUUGUAAGCAAACUAAUUGAAGAGAAAGAAUUCAAAGAUAUAUAUCUGACUUACCUCAUUAAAAAGCUGAAAGAGUUCUACUCACAAUCUCUUAACGAUAAAGUCACACUGAUAAAGAACAUUAGCGAGAGAGCAGUCCUAAAGACAGGAAAUUUGAUUAAAACUAAAUCUGUCGGAGGAGUGGCUACAAAUCUUAAGACUUUGACAGUGUUUACCCCAUCCUUAAUUACAGAGGAAGAGAUAAAGUAUGCUCAUGAAAAGGUGAAUCUGAUCGACCUCACUAUAAACAAGGUGGUUAUUCUCUCUAUGUUCGGAGACCAAACCUCUUUGCAGGAGCAAUUUGAAGCAGAAAAGGAUAGAUCUGAUCUCGAAAUCGAAGUAUUGACAAUUGGAUCCACUCCCUUACUACUUGGAUACCAAGUAGAUGUCGACUCAUCCAACAGCAUCUUCAUUUCCGAGUUCAAGGGGUAGAUAAUUAUUUUACUCCUAAACUAAGGUGG